CAAAUCGGGCGUCCAGAACGAAGCUAAGCACAGCAGAACACGCUAACCUUCACUUUUCACUGUCUAAUUUUCUAAUUUUAAUAGCUGUUGUGGGAUUUUAUUGCCGGACACUGUUGAACAAUUUGGAAUUUGUUUUUGCCUCUGUGUUCAGUACCUAGUGAUCUCCUUGUACUUUGUAUUGGGUUGUGAUCGCAUAAUCUACUGGGAAACACCGAAAUUUGAACACCACUGACGUUUGUUGUGUUGUCAUGAGUAAAUAUUCUUCUGACUCUGAUUCAAGUGAUGGGCAAAGUAGAAAGAAAGGAAAAUCAAGCAGGAAAGCUAGGUCCCCUAGCUCAUCCAGCUCAGAUUCAGGAGGUAGGCAUCGCAGAAGAAAACACAGAUCUGGUCACAGUAGGAGAAGAUCUCACAGCUCAGAUGUGAGCCAUAAAUCCAGUCGCAGAGAUCGUGAUCGGUCUUCAGAUCGCUCUCAUGAGAAAUCCAAAAGCAGAUAUACUCGGCGGUCUAGAUCAUCUUCAAGAAACCAUACCAGGAGAAGAUCACGCUCGAGGUCUCAUUCCAAAAGUCGCUCUAGGAGGAAAUCAUCCUCCCACAGUCCAUCAAGAUCUCAUGCCAGAAAUCACUCAAGGAGGUCCCGCUCUCGCUCCAAAGGACACUCACGUAAACGAUCAUCAUCGGAAUCAAGUUCAGGAUCUGUUUCCAAAGACAGAUCUCAAAGGGAACGGCAUUCUGACACCUCCAGUCAACAUGGGAAAUCACAGAGUUCGCCAACGUCACGGUCUCAACCCUCUGUUCAGCAGCCCUCAUUUUCUCAAACUGCACCUGAAGAAGCCCUUACUGAAAGACUUCAAAAAGCUAUUUGGGCAGCUAAAACUGCUGACCAACAACUUCGGAAUCAGGGCCUCAUUGGUGCUAAAAGAGAAGUCAGCCCAACCCGUAUGGUCCUCGAAGCCAUAAAUAGAAGUAACCUUCUAGAUGAAAUAAAUUCAGAUGGCUUUUCCCCUCGGCAAUUUAAUUCUAAUUCAAAACGAGAUGAAUACCCAGUGGUUGUGGAUCUUGCAAGUCAACCAUGUGUACCAACUCCUGUGCUCGUAAAGCAGGAUCCUAAAGCUAUUUUUCACUCAAGUCUCCUGGUUGAUGAGCCACAACGCUUAGAAAAAUGGAUAAAGAAACUGUACAAUAUUCGGCAAAGAGCUAUAAAUGGUGAACCCCUUCCCACCUUCUAAUUUAAGUCAAGGUAUGUCACAUUGGACUUUCCUAAUUUAUCAUUGCUGUAUAUGGUGUUUUGAAUGCACUGUAAAAAAAAAAGUGAUAUUCAAGAGGUAUCUUAAUAGAAUUAAUUUACAGAUUGCUUUUAAUGAUUUAUUUCUGUAAUGGUAAUGCAAUAAUAAUAAUAUCAUGAAGUGUGAACACAGAAUGUCUAAACUAAAGUUGAAACAAGAGAGCCCUUGCUUAACAAAUAAAUUUGAUUUAAUGGACAUGCCAUA